AUGGCCGACAAGAAGCUUUCCGUGCUCCAGAUCGAGAACGUCAACGGCGUCGACGCCGGCAAUGUCAGCGAGCUGCAGAAGGAAAUCGACAUCAUCGCGGCCCUCACCCCGGAGGAGUACGCCGUCGAGGAGAAGGCGCUCGUUCGCAAGCUCGACAUGCGUCUCAUGCCCGUCCUCUGGAUCCUCCUCGUCCUUAACUACCUCGAUCGCAACGCUCUCGCCUCGGCUCGCGUCCAGGGCAUCGAGGAAGACCUCGGCAUGAAGGGCACCGACUUUAACGUCGCCAUUUCGAUCCUCUUUGCUGCCUACAUAAUAGGCGGUAUCCCGGCAAAUAUGAUACUAUCACGGUCGCGCCCGAGCUACUUCAUCGCAUUUUUCGUCGCGCUCUGGGGCCUGGUCUCCCUCUGCACGGCGUUCGUCAAGACUCGGAACCAGCUUUAUGCCGUGCGCGUCCUCCUCGGCCUCGUCGAAGCGCCCUAUUUCCCUGGGUCGGUAUUCCUGUUGAGCUCAUGGCACAAAAGGAGCGAGCUUGCACUGCGCACGGCCAUUCUCUACACGGGUUCUCUCCUCGCCGGCGCCUUCUCUGGCUUCAUAUCUGGGGGCGUCCAAGCGAGCCUCGACGGCGUUCGAGGUCUCGAGUCGUGGCGCUGGGUGUUCCUGAUCGAGGGUGCCAUCACGGUCUUUGCGGCGAUCUGCGCUGUCUUCCUCCUGCCCGACUACCCGGCGACGACCAAGAGCUUCACCCUGCGUCAGCGAGCCCUCGCCGUGUACCGCCUCGAGGUCGACGCCGGCUCAAAGGACGGCGAGGAGCAGGUCGGCCAGCUCGCGACCCUCAAGGCUGCCGUCCUCGACUGGCGCCUCUGGGCCCUGUGCGUCAUCACUGCCGCCAAGACGACGGCGAGCGCCUUUACGCAGUUCAUCCCGACCGUCAUGCGCGACUUCCACUACAGCAAGACCAACACCCUCCUCAUCACGGCGCCGCCCUACGUCGUCGCCGCCAUCUUUUCGCUCGUCCUGUCGCGCCUGUCGGACCGCAAGGGACAGCGGUGCUACUUCUUCGUCGUCCCGCUCGCAGUCGGCAUGAUCGGCUUCAUCAUCGCCGCCGCCACGCUCAACACCGCCGCACGCUACGUCGCCAUCGUCCUCGCCCUUUGCGGCCUGCACGGCAACUUCAACAUCCUCCUCGCCUGGUACUCGGGCGUCUUCCAGCGCCCUCGCGCCAAGCGUGCCGUCGCGAUCGGUUUCAUCAACAGCUUUGGCAACCUCGCCCAGAUCUGGUCGCCCUACCUUUACCCGAAGAGCGACGGCCCCGAGUACUCGAUCGCCUUCAUCACCAACUCGGUCGUCGCGGCGCUCGCCAUCGCCCUGUGCCUCGUCCUGCGCUUCUUCCUCGCGCGCGACAACGCCCGCAUGGACCGCGAGGAGGCCGAGCUGUACGGCGACGACGAGAAGGACGCCGGCAGCGACGGCGUGAGCCGCAUGGCGCCGGCGCAGAAGCAGCUGCGCUACGUGCUCUGA